AUGGCGACCGCAACCAACCAAACUGCCAACGAAGAGAUAAUGAAGCUCUGUAACACAGUUGCCUCAAUCGAUGGCUUGGAACAAUUCGCCAAGGCAUCAGAGAGGGGCGCGAGCUCACUUCGAGACAUAAAGAGAUACUUUAAGAUGCGAGCACAAGUGGAAGAGGAAUACUCACGCAAACUGGCAGCUUUGGCAAAGUUUGAGCCAAGUGUCCAGAGUGGAUGUAUGAGUGCCGCCGUGAUGGACGUCUGGACAAAUAUACGCCAGUCGGCAUCGUGGGAGGCCACCUACCACGAGACAAUGUACAACAAUAUCAACGAGUCCAUCGUUGACUCUAUCGACACUCUGCUGUCCAGCAUCGAGAAACGCAACAACACGCUUAUGACCGACGUCCACAAGAACUUCCACUCAUACAGCGACGCCGUUGGGAAGCUGCGGAAGUCGCGCCAGGCCUGCGAGCGAUCGAUCAAAGAGAUGAUGAAUGACUCGGCCACGGCGGCCACCAGCGGAGGCGCGGGCCAGGCAUCAGGCGACACACAAAAGAUCAAUAGACGCGUGCUCAAGCAGAGCCAGGACGCGAUCAAGAUCAACAGAGAGCACCGCGAGUUGGUCAGCGAGACGAACAAGGUGCAGGCCAAUCUCUACGGCAAGGUGAUCCCGCACGCCAUUGCCGACCUGUAUCGCAUCGAGGUGUAUCGAUCACACAUGCUCAAGCAGUAUUUUAGCAAAUUUGUCAACAUGGUCAGUCUGCCCACGUACCAGGGCGAGCUGGCACAGUUGCGCGACAAGCUACAGACAAUCAACGCCGACAGCGAGGUGUCGGCCUACGUGCACCGCAUCAAACUGUCAGUGAACCUCGACUCCAACCCGCGUCCAUUCGAGGUGGUCGACUUUAAUCGCGCACCUGGCAGCAACGCGUCGUCACGAGACGACCACGUGUCCAUCCCCCUCAUUCUCUCUCAGUACCACCAUCACUCGUCCUCGUCCGAGGACCUCAAGAAGGACCUGAUGAGGGAGAUAAAGGAGCCCAAGGGCGAUCACAAGAAGAAGCCAAGUUAUCUCAAGCGAUGGAGUACCAGCAUCAACUUUAAAGCAGGUGGUGGCAGUAGUGGCGGUAGUGGAAACAAGCAACAACAGCAGGCACAGGCACAGUUUGGCGUGGCACUCGAUCAGUUGAUGGCCAGCCAGAAGCAAUCACAUCCCAAUCUGGAGAUCCCAUUGGUGUUGGCAUUGAUCAAGAGAAGAAUGAUCAAGCUGGAUGCGUUUACAACAGAGGGCGUGUUCCGCGUACCCUCGCGUCUAGUCGACAUUGAUCAGCUCAAGAAGCGUCUGGACGACGGCAGCUUCGACAUGGAGCACGUGGACAAUGUACAUACCAUCUCCUCGCUGCUCAAGUUAUGGGUGCGCGAGAUGCCCGAGCCCCUCAUCCCCUUUGCCAUGUACGACUCGUUCCUCGGCGCUGCAGACAAUCACAACGAGCUGCUCGUCCAGUUCAACAAGAUGCCUGCGAUCAACCAGCGCGUGUUGUCAUAUGUGUUGGACAUCAUGCGCACUUGCGCCAUCCCCGACAAUGUCAAGCAUACAAUGAUGAACCAUGAUAACCUGGCCACGGUCUUCUCGCCAUCACUCAUUCGCUCCAACUCGAUGGAGCUGACCAACGCGAUGGGAAACCUCUCCAAGGAGAUCGCAGUCGUCAAGCUCAUGCUCGAGUACGUGCCAUCUAUCUCGAUUGAUGACGAUAUUACAGCGGGUCGCAGGGAGAGCUUUAGUAGCAACAGCAGCAGCAGUGCCAGUGGCAGCAGUCCAUUGCGCCCCGUACUCAACAACAGCCUGCUACCGGCUUCCUCCUCGCCCGUGCCUUCGUCACCACUGUCCAUCAAGGCCAAGAUCUCUAGCUCAGACAACUCUGUGUCGCCCCCAUCGUUGUCGCCAAGAUCCCCAAGAUCGCCACCUGGGUCACCCGUAUUGCCCUCUCCCAUAUCAAUGUCGAGCGACUUGUCGACACAGAGUGGCGACAGCGAGCACUUUGAGACGAUGUUGCUCCAGGAGUGUGUCAAGCAGCUGAUUGAGGACUUCCACUCACAGAUGAUCCAGCUGUACUUUGACGUCACCAUCAAUGAAGCCACUUCAUACUGCGCCAUGACCAUCUCCUACACGAUCGUCAAGCUCUGUCGCUGGCUCGAGGACUUUGUAACCACGAACCUGGGCAUCGCAAGUUACGAAGACGUGCAAGCCGAGAUUGAGCGCAACAACUUCUCGUCACCACCCGCCGUCAACUUCAAGGUGCCUUCGUCCACACCAAACCUCGUGCCUUCCGAGCUGGUAGCGCGCAUACCCGACCUGCUGCGUCGCUGGUUGCUCAUCUUCACGGCAGUCGUCAAUCACGCCAGCCACUACUUGUGCUACCUCGGCGGCAUGGUCAUUGCGUCGGGCACCAGCAACGAGCUGUUGCAGGCCACUCAGGAGUUCUUUGGUCGAAACAAGUUGCUGUCCAUAGCUGAUGUGUUGCAAUCGUCGCACAACAAUAUCGAUAUCAACGCGUCGGAGAAGUUGAUCCAUGGCACCAUCGAGAUGUCCACCAGCUACAUACCUGAGCACGUGUUGCUACAACUACAGCAACUGAUACAGGAGCAAGAGUUGAUGAAGCAGGCCGAGUACGAAGUCGAGAACAUCAUCACCAACCUCGAGGAAGAGGUACAGAUUGAUAGUGCCGACGAACAAAUCUCGAGUUUGGACGUGGAUGUUGAUGUGGUUGGUACUUCCGCCGCGACUACACCUCUGGUCGCAAUGGAGUUGUCACGUGAGAAUCAAGAACUUCAAGUAUUUGUCGAAGAGGAUGAAGUCAUCAUCGUGCCAGAGCAACAUCAACUGCACCACCAACAUCAGCAACAACAGCAACAACUAGUACUACAACAACAACAACAUGAACUUAUCCGUCAGACAGCAUUUGUGAUGAUUGAUCAAUUGAAGCUGAAGCGAGACAGAUUGAACGCACAACAGAGUUGGAAGGAGGCGGACAAGGAACAACAGACAGUACUUUCAGCGAUUGCCAAGCAGACACAGACCGUGAAGCUCAGCUUGGAGAGCCUUUGUGCGACGCUCGAGUUGAAGCUGCCGAAGCAGGAGCAGCCAGUGUUGGGCGAGAAUGGCCAGACAGCCUUUGCAAGGAUAGCAAUCUUCACCAAGUGUUUCAUCGAUCGCUCCAUAGUCAUACUGCGAACGAUUCUCUUUGCUCUGAGCAGCGAAAUACCCAACGAGUUCAACAAUCUCCUCAUUGAAAGGUUCACUGAAAUGAAGCAGCUGAUGGACGGUGGACGUGUGUGA